AUCGUUGCUCUACAUACUGCGUGGUGCUCGGUGUCACCAGUGUGCGACUAGUCUGGUCUGAUAUAGGAGAUCGCCAAUGACAAGAUGGCCACGGAGCAUUAGAGGAAUCUGUCAACUCUUUCAGCUACAGUGAUAUAACAUUUGGUGCUUUCUAUAAUAAUGGGUUUAUCACAAAGCACCGGUGCGUCGGAAGGAGGAACAGAUGGAUACCACGUCCACGGGGUGCAGGAGAAUUCCCCUGCAGAGAAAGCUGGGCUGGAGCCGUUCUUUGACUUCAUCCUCUCUCUGGGAGACCACAGACUGAACCAGGAGAAUGACAUGCUGAAGGACCUUCUGAAGGCUAACGUGGAGAAGGCAGUGAUCAUGGAGGUGUACAGCACUAAGACCAUGAGGCUGAGGGAGGUGGAGGUGGUGCCCAGUAACAUGUGGGGAGGACAGGGCCUGCUGGGGGCGUCUGUCAGGUUCUGUAGCUACCAAGGAGCCAACGAGAACGUCUGGCAUGUACUGGAUGUGGAUGUGAACUCACCAGCUGCGUUGGCCAGCCUUCAGGCCCACAGUGACUUCAUCGUUGGAGCAGACCAGGUGUUGCAGGAUUCGGAGGACUUCUUCUCGCUGAUCGAGGCCCACGAGGGGAAACCUCUGAAACUGCUGAUCUACAACACAGAGACAAACGCCUGCAGAGAGGUGGUGGUCACACCCAACGGGGCCUGGGGAGGAGAGGGAAGUUUGGGCUGCGGUAUCGGAUACGGCUACUUGCACAGGAUCCCAUCCAUGGUUCCCUCUCUUCCUGAAGAUGACUCCACGCCAGAGAUACACGCCAAUGGACACCAAGAGGCGUCUCUGAUGGUGGGUCAGUCCGGCCCACGCCUGGGACAGGGAACAGAGAUGACAGACCAAGAUAACAGACUGGAACAGAUCACUCUGCAGAAAGAGGACAGUCCUCCACCUCUACCCAUACAGGGAAUCAUGGAUCCAGGCUUCUCUGAGUCUGAGGUGGCUAUGAUGACCCCUGACCCAUCAGAAGACAUGGCUGAUCGACUGGACCUGUCCGUCUCGUCCAUCGACAUGACCGGCACCUCUCUGGCCGUGCACGAGGAAAAGGACAGCAACAACAUCUCCGAGCUGGGUGAGCUUCCUGAGACGCCACCAGAGAACUGGAUGGAGACUGAACAUCGUGAGUCCCUUAUCACCGAAUCACAAGACCAAGCGUCCGAAUCCGCUGGAUCCCCUGACACAGUUGUGGAGGCUCCAUUCGCCCCUCCUCCUGACGUUGAGUCCCUCGCCCCUCUUGUUGAUGCUGAAGCUUCUCUCCCGGACCCAGACAUCACCUCUUUCUCCCCCUCCCCUCCCCUGGACCUCCUGCCCCAGGACCAGCUCCUGCUUCAGCCCCAGGUAAGUGACAUCUUGGUGGGGGACUCACUCACUGAGGACGACGUCACAUUGGAUGGAACACCACCAGAGCCAAUGGUAGAGCCUGACGUCAUCAGCUCCCUGGAGCAACUCUCUGUGGAGCAGUCUGAAACCGCCGCGGCGGAACACCACCAUGACGACCACGAGUGUUGCCAUGACCACCACCACGAGCAUGAGGUCAGCAACCAGGAAGUGGAGGAAGAGUAGGUUUGUGUGUUUUCUUUCCGGGUCUGGUCACUGCCUGAAGAAACACUAGCAGAGAUACUGAGCAGUCAAACAACAUGGGAAAUGUUCAGGACACUGGUGAAAAGACCUGGGGUGAUGUAUUGAGAUGACACACUAAUAGAACCAGAUAGAAAUGUAAUGAAUUUAACUGACACGCUUCCCCAAUUUUAUAUGAUGACAAUGGAUGUCUGUUCUAUCUGAACGUGCUGAACAGGCCUCUGGUAUAUGAGUGAUGGCGAGCGUACAUUCUAUGGUAUGGUCCAAGAGAACGUUGUACAGUUUUUUUUUUUAACGACUGGUUGGAUGGGUCACGAGAGAGAUCAUGGUAGAAAUGCAUAACAAUAGCUCUCUUGUAUUUUUGGGGUGUAGGAUCCUAUGUUACAAGUUCAGCUUCAUGUUCUGAUUAGCCGUAAGGGUUGCAAUGUUAUGAACAUUUUGUAGUUUGUUUUCGUGUAAAAAAAAAAGAAUAUUUUUUUAUUAUGGUUUUGGAUUUCUUAAAAAAACAAAUCAAUUAAUGGAAUGGCCGUGUGAAAGAUCCAAAGAUAAUUACACACACACACACAAAUACAUUCGUUAUAUAUUGUUGAACUACUUUAUAGAAUUCACUACGACAAACCAGUGAUGUAUAAACUUAAAGCAUAGUUGCACAUUUUUAAUAUUUGAUUUGUGACGACGACAACUUUUUUUUUUUAGUCCUGUAAUUUGACUAUUCCAGUUGAAAUACACUACUUGACAUACGAGUGGACCUCCAUAGGCCUGGGUCUAAUACAGUCAAAUACUUGAGCCGCGCUUGAUUUAGUUUGCCAGUAGGCUUGCCUGGCCCUCCUUCCAAAUCCCGUCGACUCGAACGUGAGAAGCCUGGGCUUCCGAGGUUAGUUUGCCAGUAGGCUUGCCUGGCCCUCCUUCCAAAUCCCGUCGACUCGAACGUGAGAAGCCUGGGCUUCCGAGGUUAGUUUGCCAGUAGGCUUGCAUGGCCCUCCUUCCAAAUCCCGUCUCGUUGACUCGAACGUGAGAAGCCUGGGCUUCCGAGGUUAGUUUGCCAGUAGGCUUGCCUGGCCCUCCUUCCAAAUCCCGUCUCAUUGACUCGAACGUGAGAAGCCUGUGCUUCCGAGGUUAGUUUGCCAGUAGGCUUGCAUGGCCCUCCUUCCAAAUCCCGUCUCGUUGACUCGAACGUGAGAAGCCUGGGCUUCCGAGGUUAGUUUGCCAGUAGGCUUGCAUGGCCCUCCUUCCAAAUCCCGUCUCGUUGACUCGAACGUGAGAAGCCUGGGCUUCCGAGGUUAGUUUGCCAGUAGGCUUGCAUGGCCCUCCUUCCAAAUCCCGUCUCGUUGACUCGAACGUGAGAAGCCUGGGCUUCCGAGGUUAGUUUGCCAGUAGGCUUGCCUGGCCCUCCUUCCAAAUCCCGUCUCGUUGACUCGAACGUGAGAAGCCUGGGCUUCCGAGCUUACUUUGCCAGUAGGCUUGCAUGGCCCUCCUUCCAAAUCCCGUCUCGUUGACUCGAACGUGAGAAGCCUGGGCUUCCGAGCUUACUUUGCCAGUAGGCUUGCAUGGCCCUCCUUCCAAAUCCCGUCUCGUUGACUCGAACGUGAGAAGCCUGGGCUUCCGAGCUUACUUUGCCAGUAGGCUUGCAUGGCCCUCCUUCCAAAUCCCGUCUCGUUGACUCGAACGUGAGAAGCCUGGGCUUCCGAGCUUACUUUGCCAGUAGGCUUGCAUGGCCCUCCUUCCAAAUCCCGUCUCGUUGACUCGAACGUGAGAAGCCUGGGCUUCAGAGCUUACUUUGCCAGUAGGCUUGCAUGGCCCUCCUUCCAAAUCCUGUCUCGUUGAAUCGAACGUGAGAAGCCUGGGCUUCCGAGGUUAGUUUGCCAGGUACCAUGGAAUAGUCUCAAAAGUACAAACUUCAAGCUAAAUUAAGCGCAUCUCAAAUGUAUUUUUGGACAUUUUUACAUACAUACUUGACCCAGGUUCAGUACCUGAACAGUACCAUUUAUAUAAUCAAUCGGGCACAGCUUUUUUAAAAUUUUUGCUCUUUUUUUAAAACGCCUAUCAUUUGGAAGGGUUCAAGGGUGAACCUUGAAAAGGUCGUCGUUGUAAAAUAAGAAUUUGUUCUUAACUGACUUGCCUCGUUUAAAUAAAGUUUUAAUAAAUAACCUUCGCACUUCAGCAAACAAAAUGAUUAGAAACCAUGUGUAGGACUUACCAAGACAGAUGGACUAGGGAGAAAGGAGUUGGGAGCACUCCACACAAAAGGCUGAAUUUUAAAUGAUUUUAAUUUAGGUCACUUUAAUCCAUUGUACAGGAUGAGAACAGGUGACUGUCUUCCUUGGUUACUGUUAUAGAAAUCCAUGUUUAAAUUAAGUUUUUUUUUUAUAUUUGAAACGGUCGUUGUUUUUAAUGCAUCAAAUAUAGCAAUUGUUGUUAGUUCUGUGUUCACAAAACACACAUUUUUAAUGUGGGAUCAGGUUGUAGUUUUAGUUCUUAAACUCAAGAAAGUUGAAUCUGUACUUUCUGUAGAGGUAGACCUGUUUUCAAUAAGUUACAGUGCAUUUAUUUGUUAGACAAUAAUAUUUCCUGGAUUUCUGUAGCGUAAGGGCCAGAUUCAAUCUCGAUCACGUUUGGUCGGCUACGCACUUUGUUUAUAAAGUCAAUGUUCCUGUGUUCGCAGAGACCGCAUUCACCAACGCGGCAUAUGUUGGCUCAAUAGUAAAUUUACCGUUGAAUGUAAAGCGUGCUAAAUCUCAAAUCUACCGAAUGAUCGGAUUGGUUUUGUUGCAGGGCAUUUAUUUUUAAAGUGUCAUUUUAUGGGUUUCUGUACACCUUAGGUGAAAGGUCAUUAUUUUGUAAACAUACAGUAGGGAAAGUCUCAUUCCUCCAUGUUACCUCUUAUCUGUGUCAUAUUUGAUCUAUGCAAUUGUCAGCCAUGUUUGUAGUUUUUGACUUUUUUUUUUUUUUAAGCUGUAGGCAACAUACUGUAGCCAUCAUGGAAGUUAUCUGUAAGCUGGAACCACAGACAAUACAGUAUCAGGGUUGUUAAUUUAAAUUCCAUUUAAAUUAGUCAGUUCAGGAAGUACACUCAAAUUUCCAAUUCUCUUAAAUUCUUUCUGAAUUGACUUGACCACAACCCUGUGCAGUAGCUUCUGAUUUAAAUAGUGACACUACUGUUAGUUUUAAUAUAAAUGUUUGGAGCAAAUGCUUUUCUGUAAGAGAAGGUUCCGUUGGUCUUCUUUUUUGAUUUAGGCUAGGCACUUAGUUGUGAGAAAUGAGGGAAGGGGAAAUAUUUUAUCAAUGGAUGGAGAGUUUAUUGUUAAUGAGUGCAAAUGAAAUUCUGAUUGUGAAAAAUUGAUUAAUAUUCUCUGUAAAGCUUCUGAUGCAAAAAUGGAGUCGCUUCUAGUCACUGGAACAAAAAAAUAAAAAUGGUCACAAUUUUA